GACCCUGGACAAUUCAACACUAACAGCUGAAAACUGUUUACUACCUCCAUAUUAAGUAUACGCCAGACUGCACUUGCAAAAUCUCCGCGCAUGCAGAACCGAAAACGUGCAUUCCUUUAAAUCAAUAUGCUUUUCAUAAAACCAGAAUUUUACUGCUUGUUACUUUCGUUUUGGUUUUGGAUUGUAAAAGGUGGAAGUUUACCAUGGCCAGAUUUCGAAAGUGGAUGGUUGCCCAUUAAAAACGGCCUCGAACAUGUUGCUAGACUUAACAUCGACCAUGGUUUAGGGGAAAUUCCGGUUCUUGUUGAUGUGUCGGUAAAAAUCAAGGACCAUAUAUUCCCGGCCUCAGGGUUUCGACCUGAUCACCCGAAAGAAAGGUCUGGACCAGUUGUUUAUAUAUAUGAUGACAUGUAUGUCAAUGUAUCAACGUCUCCGAUAGAAGAUCCACUUUACAGAAUAUUUCCUACAGUACUGCGGCAAUAUGAAGGGAAAAAUUUAGUAAUCAUGGGCGAGGCGAAUGUGCGGAUCCGAGCUUGGAGGUACUCUUCAUUUCCUGCAGAAGACUUUAAGAAGUCAGGAAUAAUGUUGAAAGCGAAUACUUCGAAAGUUUCCGAUUCUUAUGCUGAAGUGAAUCAUAACCUGGAUGAAAUGCCGUGUCUUGUGAUUGUUCGUAUGAAAAUGUACCAUGGUGAUAGUACGAUUAUGGCUGAUGGCGUUGGCUCCAGUAUGCAGGUAUUUGCCGAUGUACCGGACAGAACGAAUGCCUAUCUUGUGUAUGGUUAUAGCAAUACCACAUUCAGACUGUGGGUGGACUCCUCAAUUUAUGGAGCAAUUUUUGACGGCAGAAAACAUACAUGGUUUGAUAUGGUUAUAUCCGAGGGCGAGGCCGAGAUCUACGCAUGGAAAUGUUCAACUGUAACACCCCAAUACAAUAAGCGUGUUGUAACAAAAUAUACUAUGGACGAAAUCCCGUCAUGGUUGAACGUUGUCGUUGAAUAUGAUCUCGAACCAUCAUUUAUUCGUGUUUCGGUUCUAGCGGAAGAGCCAGGUGGCGCCAAUGAGGGUUUUCGGUUUCCUGGAGCAUUUCAUCUCGGGUAUCCUGCACCAUUGGAAGUAGGGAACUCCUUAAAACAUACGACCGUCGGUGGCCUUUCAUAUACCUAUGAAACAAAGUCCAAGUUUAAUUUUUUCCGAUCGAAAUAUUUCGGCAAUAAAUCAAUAAUAUUUAUCGCCACAUCAUUUGGAGAUGGAACAAAUUCUGAAAUGUCUAACAGCGAAUCAGUGUACAUACAAAGCUUUAUAUACCAAGAAAAUGGUGGUUGUCCGACACCAGUCAUUCCCAACGGGUUUGCCAACAUGUCAAUCAAAGAAACGGCAACCGUUGCGAAGGCAAGAGUACAUUGCAAUGAGGGAUUUGUUAUGCAAUCAAAAGAAGAUUCUUACAUUCAUGACCAUGAACGUUUUACAAUAACAUGUCAUACAUUUGGAUACUGGGAAAAUAUUCCCAAAUGUAUACCAAAAGAGAAGGAAGUUGGGAAUGAGUGUAAUCCGGCUGUUGAUAAAUGCCGGGAUAUUCACGCUUCUUGUACUCUUAUUCCGGAGGGUAACGUAUACAAAUGCGCUUGCAAUGAUGGAUACAGGCAUAGGGAUAGAUUUUGUAAAGCUCAAGGAAAAUAUUUGCAAAAAGCAGAUUAUGACAGUGAUUGGAUAUCACUGUUUAGGAAUGGACAUGAGUGGUACCUCGAACUGGAACAUGGUCUAGACAAAGCACCAGUAUUAGUUGAUGUCCAGGUGGAUGUUGAUGGCUAUGUAUUCCAUGCAAUAGGUUUCCCACCGAACCAAGAUGAAAGAAGCUGGGGCAGUAGCGCAGUAGUGUAUAUCUAUGAUGAAAGAUAUAUUAACGUAUCUACAUUUCUACCUAGGGAUAACUUGGACGAUAAUAAUCUCAUUUCAAGAAGUACGAACAGAUGGUAUGGUUACCAAUAUUACUGGAGUAGUUACGGCAGAGCUAGAGCACGUGCUUGGAAAUCCGAAUCACUUCCUACUCCAGAUUUAACAGACGACUCCAAAGUGCUUCGUGCGAAUAGUUCCACAGGUGAUAAAUCAUCUAAAUCCAGCGACUCCUUUUAUGAACUAGAACACAAUCUAGGAGAAUAUCCCGGUCUUGUUGUAGUACGAGCUAAAAUGAUGAACAAUGGAAGCAGCUUCUACGCAGAUGGUGUGGGAUCAGCUCUAAAUGUGUUUUACAAUCAGCCUGGCUUUGGAAACGCAUUUCUUGUCUACGGCUUUAAUGACAGGAGCGUGCGCACGUGGGUAGACUCGUCUGUAAACGGAGCAAUAUUUGACGGAAAGGAGACGAAAUUAAACAUUGUUGUCUCAGUAGCGACAGUUGAAAUUUAUGCGUGGAAAAUAUCAACAUUAACUCCAUUUUUCACGUACAUGUUCUCCUUAGAGGACGACAGAUUUCCGUAUUCUGUCGAAUUUCCGAUGAACUAUCCCCUGAGUGAUGCUCUCAACGUAGCUGUGGCACACAUAAGUGAUUCUUCUAGUCCAAAUCAAGGUUUCCGGUUUCCAAGUUCGGCGUAUCUUGCCGACAGAAAUGGGUACCACAAAGAAGAUAGCGCCAGUAAAUGUAUAUUUGGAGGUUUUAUGUACGGUUAUGAAACAGGGCUGGAAUUUAGAUUUUCCCGUGAAAGGGACAUUAAGAUAUUGCUGUAUAAACCCAGCUCUGACACAGGAGCUUUAGUAUGCAUACCAGAAUCAUUUGGAGAUGGAAAAUAUUCGGAUGCAGCUUUCAAUGGAAUUGGAAUUAUGUACAGUUGGAUAAAUGGAGAUUGUGGUCCUCCACCAGAAACAAACAAUGGUUUUAUAAAUACGACAAUAAACGGGACUGAAAUUGGUGCUGUAGCUGUCCUGGAGUGCAAUGAAGGUUACCGGCUGUCGUAUAAUAGUGUACCAGUCUGUGGAGGAGAUAUGCAGUGGGAACUCUAUACAAGCUGCGAUCCAGUCGUAUGCGACACAGUGGAAGCUCCUGCAAACGGAACAAUGGAUGUAAACGGACAGACUGUGACAUUCCAAUGCGACACUGGAUAUAGAUUAAAUGGUGCUGAAGUGAUCGAGUGUUUGUCUACGGGCAAUUGGUCUGCAAAUACACCGUCUUGCAGUUUACAUACAGAAGACGACAACAAAACUUCGAGAAGUAUGAGAGAACAAGUGAAUGUCAUGCACAUCCUGCUUGCAGUUUCCAUGUACAUCAUUGUUUUCAUUGAAAACUCGUAACACUAUACACAAGGCUUGACCAUAGUAAAUAGACUGGAACGGAAAACCUUUAGCGUCGCCGCUUUCUGUCACCUCGAUUGCGAUAUCUAUUAUGAUAUUGCGUUUAGAAACAAUAUGGCAGAAAAGCACAUCUAUAACAACUUGGUACUUUCCGUAAAUAUUGCUUGUGAUGAUAACAACGCAAGUGUCAAAGAUUUAUUUCUUUUCCUAAUGUUUCUAAAUCUGUUAUUCAAAAUAUAAAUGAUUACGAAGCAGUGAAGUAACAAAACAUACGAUAAGAAAUUUAUUUAUAUUAAAAGACAGGCUCUCGAAUUAAACUGCGACGAGUAUUUUAGCUCAGUCAUCUGUUUGGAAUCUGGAUGUAUUGGAGAAGUAUAUGCUAUUCUGUAAUCAUGACACUUUUUAUCGUACUUUUGGUAAUUUGUACGUCGUUUCGGACGGUGUAUUUAUGUUUUCUGUUUGUUUUUUAAUUAAAUGAUAUUGCCUUACAACACUUCAAGAAGUAGGUGCCACGAUAAAUAUAGGCUAAAUAUAGCCUAGUUUUACUUAGAUAUCUGGAGACAUAUUAGGGUAGCGACCCUGUAAAGAAUGUACAAAGUACGUGCCAGGAACGGAAAUGCUCUACACUUAAAACAGAAAUUUCCAUUUUAUACGGAGAUAUUUUUGAAAAUAACGAGCCUAUUGAUCUCUUAUUGACAGAAAAGUUAAAAGGUUUUUUUUUUAUAAAAUUAUAACUUAAAUGCAUUAUGAGCUUUGCUUUGAACAUUAUACAUGCCAUGGUACUCUUUAUAUUUAUGUUUCGAGUUUUGAUGAUGUGCGUAAAUACGUGUUUAAUAAUUUGUUUUUAUCACUGUUAAGAUCUGAAGUAGAUCAUUUGUAAGGAAUCGUAGAAUGCAAAACAAAACUAGAUAAUAGCA